AUGUUCACGCCCCUCUCAAAGGGCUCUGAGAGAGCUCAGGACAAGCUGUGGGAUAAGUCGUCCCCUCGAAGGACCAGAGUCAGACCAUCUCUUCCAAACGUACCGGCCGCAGCAACAGUACAAGGGCAAAAGAGCUCGGACCCGUCCUCGAGACAAGCGCCAUGGGCGAUACUACGGGGCAAACCACCUCCCGGAGGGAAGAACAAGGGGAAGGGCAGGGGGAACUCGGGUCUACUAGGAGCGCCUGAUCCGAGUGCGGUAUCUACGGGCGUGGGCAUCGGUUCGUCAAGUGCUGCGGUCAUGGGAGCGUCUUCGGGGAGUAUCGGGCGGUCAGGCGGCGAGAUGUCUGGCACUGUUCGACGGGGCUUGCCAUACCUUACACCCACGUCCCCCUACUCUACGCCGUCGGGAAGGACUUCAUCGUUCCCAUGGUAUCCAACAGUAUCCAAAACAAAGAGUCAAAGUCAGAUCACCCCUUCUCGGCGUCGACCACCACGGCCUCGGCGCAUCAGCUCUGUGGGCCAAGAUGAGGAAGACGACACCUGGGCGAGUAUAUUCUUGAAUCCCAGUGCGAAGAGGGUAGAAGGCUGGAUGGAUACCUUUUGGAAACGGCAUUUCGUGUUGGUGAUACUGCCAUGUCUAGCUGUCUGGGUCUGGGUAGCUGUUCCGUUUCCAGUAUCAGAUCCCUACAAAGACAAUCCGUUUCCAGACAUACCAAGUUGGCCAAAGAAGCCCAGUGACGAUGGUGAGGACUCAGGAAACGAUGGCGAAACAGAGACUCGUUUGCCCCUUGAUGUAAACUUUUACUUCUUCUUAUUUUGCAUGUAUCUUGCAGCAGCCCUGCUAUUCAUCACCAACCUUUUCUCUCUCUAUCGUCUGAACUGGUGGCCUUCAAAGCUGGGCGGUAAAGUCUCAUAUGCCCUGUCUUGGUCCAUCACACUCGCCAUUGGUCUCGCAGCGCACCAUCUGGAUUUCUUCUACUUGCGUAAAAGAUGGGACGGAAGAGAACGAGACGAUGUCGACUGGGAAAGAAAGAGCAACUUCCUGGCAAUGUUGCUCCCGGCGAUAGCUUGUUUCUCCAAGCUCAAACGUGACAAGCGACAUACCUACCGACACCCUAUUCCGGCUGUGUAUCAGACUUUCUUUGGCCAAGCCUUUUCAAGAAGAUUCCCUGCAUCUUGGAACCGAUUUCUGUGGUUCAUGGCAUGUCUGAUGAUCGCUUGCUUCUCAGUCGUCGCGGGGCAGGCAUACGCAAGUCUGUUCUUGAGUACCCUGCCUCAUACGUCGCUUGAUGCUGGUACAUGGGUCUGGUCAUGGGUCAUCACUGUCCAGAUCCUGGGACAAAUAUCCAUUUUCAUCCUCAGCGCCAAGGUACGCUCCCGAGCACUCCUCUUCAUCUACCGACUUUUCUUCCAAUUGGUCUACCACGUCUUCUACCGCAACCUCUUUGCCCGUCUCCGAUCCCCUCAGCAAUUCGCCACUGUGCAGAUGCUAUCCUCCAUUUCUACAAUCAUCAUCUUUCCCCUGCAAAUGUCGAAACCCUGGCACAGAAUGCUUCAGAUAGUGGUUGGAUAUCCAAACCCAUGGGAAGAUCAUGUUGAAAGUGUAGCGAUGGGAUUCUUCUGUAGAGGACUGGCGCAGAAUGUGACGAUGGUAGGGUUCUUGGGAUGGCUGGCGAUCUUGCAUUUUGGGCCUAAUUCUCAGAUAUACCCCUUCUUUAGGUUCCAUCCCACCCCGGAAGAUCCCUACACCUUUGCUUUGACAUUCUUCGCCUCUUGUGCUGUCUGGGCGUUUGAGCUUGUAAGCUCUUUCAUAGCUCGCCAGAUAAUGUCUUUUGCUUGGGGUGUAGACGUUUCGCAGAUUGGAAGAGAAGAGAUCAAAGAGUAUCCCGAGCUGGUACCUGCCUGCGGCUGGGCUUCCGUUCAUGUUUCAAUGAACAUUCUCUUGUUCUUGAUCAAACUGAACUUUAGAUGA